AUGUCGUUUCAAGCCCAUCUUGGGCCAAUUCCCACCCCACUAGCGAUCGGGGCUAAUACCGAACACGAAAGUCUGACAUCUGCAGGAGGUUCGACACAGAGUAAGCCGAUUCGGCUGGCUCUCGCUUGUAACCAAUGUCGAAAGCGCAAGGUUCGCUGUGACGCGCAACAACCGAAGUGCCGCAACUGCAGCGUUCGUGGGGAUCUGUGUGAGACAUCGGAUCCUAGGAACUCGGGAGACUUCCCUGCUGUGCGCCGACGGGCCAUGAAGCGCUGGAAUUUGAAGACUCGACCGAAGGCUGGCCCGGUUCUGUCACCAGUUUACCAAUCCCCAGGAACACGCACCCCAGUUACAUUAUCAUCAAUCAAUUCCGUCCUGAAUCCAACUGUCCCCAUUCCAGCCAAUCAAGUGGAUCAGGCUUCGCCAGACUCAAGGAGAGCCUCGAAAAGCUCCCCCAUAGCUGCGUCAUCGGUGAGCCAAGAUUCGUCAUCGAGAAGAACGAAUCACAGUGAGAGACUAGGAGAAGACCACUUUUCUUGGCAGUCCAGGGCAUACCAGGAGAGUACCGAGGCUCAUGUUCAAGAGGUCACACCAGGGCAGUGUGGAACAGAGCAGGUGGCAAUUGAGACGUCACCAGAUGAGAUCGUUACCACAGAUGAUACAGGAGACAAGACAUGUGUAAGCGUUGACACCAGGAUCAGUUCUUUUCAUGGAGUUAUAACUCGGUCUGACUUGGAUUUAAUUUGCAAAAGCACUUGGGCGCGAGUAGCGUGCAAUGCCUUGUCAACUUUAUAUGGUUUCGGUGAUGCCACCCCUUUGUUCAAGCAUGGUAUGUUACAUGCCGAGGAGUUCCCAAUGCCUAUUAUACCAAAGUUGGUGCUCCUACCAACCCCACAAAGGCUCUCCACCUAUAUCGAUGCAUUUUUCACGCGACUAUGGCCACUCUAUCCCGUUAUUGAGCGCUCCGCCUUUGAAGAAGAUAUCAACAAGAUUGUUUGCCUAGGUUCGAACAUUGAAUACUUGACAGCUGGCCACUGCCUUCAUGGUCACUUGACUGCCAUUCCAUCGACAUCGACUGUACAAGCAUUAUUCCUGUUAUCUCUGGCACUGAAGUCUGCCGCAAGAGCUGGGCAGGCAUGGCAAGUUGCUGGUCAUGCGGUCCGAAUGGCACAGUCUAUUGGACUACACAAACUAAUUAAAGUAGGUCCAUCCACACAAGCCUUCACAAUCGACUCUAGUCCAGCAAGCCCCGAUGAACGACUUUGGUGGUCAUGCUUUGCAUUGGAAAAACUAAUGCAACUAGAGUAUGGCAGACCGUCCAUCAUUGACAGAAGCUAUGAUUCGCUGUCCGUAUGCUUCUCUAUGGAUGUGGACCUGGAGCUUAAUUUCCCCUACUUUAGGGCUUGGGUCGCAUUGGGUAGCAUUAUGGGUCGCAUUUCAAAUCGUCUGUACUUCCACAGAUUUAUGGGUGGAUCCGCCGAAAUUCUUGGCUUGGUUGCAGAACUAGACCAAGAGCUCACGGAGUGGGCCAAUUACCUGCCAGACCCGCUGAAGCCUCACAUCACAUAUCCAGUUUACGCUAGAGAUGAACAGAGAAUCAUCUCCACAUUUCUUGCCCAGCAGUAUCACCACGCCCAACUCAGCAUUUUACGCAUCACGCUUCUUUUCCCUCAGAAAAGUCUUGAGAAAGAGAUAACUAAGCACAUGAAAAUUAUACCGAAUCACUCCCGGCUCUUGAGUGGUGCAUCAAUAUGCGCCAAUGCAGCAAGAUCAAUUAUCACUCAAUCGCUUCAACUAGCCGACAGUCGCUUGCAAUCAACGCUGCUUCCGGCUCCUCCGACUUAUCUAGCUACGGUGAUACUCGGCCUUGGUAUUCUACGUCAACCUAACAAUAGGCUUGUUAGAUCUGACGUUGAGCUUUUGGCUUCUGCUACUGAGUUUGUUGAAACUUGGUAUCUUCAAUGGGGCUUUUCUCAUGAUUUUACUCAGACAUGCACUGACUUGCGGGAACGAGUGGUCUCGAUCUUUCAAAAUGCAGAUGGGAGCACUAGAAAGCCAUUUAUAGAGAGCUCUGCCAAGAAUAUAUCGGCGAUUACGGCGGGGCAGCAACUCCAGCUCGACAACAGAGGCUCAAUGGAACACGGGAUAUGCUCAAAUUUGGAAGAUCAUAUUACGACAGAUGAUAAUAAUGACCUGUUUGGUAGCUUUGGUUUUGAAGACUUUUGUGACAUGAGUCACAUGAUGGACUUUAAUUUCGAGACGUUUGAUGGAGAGAAUAUGUUUUUCGCACUUGACAGACAUUGA